CGCGGAGCGGCGGAGCCGGGACCCGGAGCCGCGCUCGGUCUCUCGCCGCCGCCCCCCCGCCUCCCCCGCCUCCCCCGGCCGGGCCGGGCCGGGCCGCCCGCCCCGCCCCGCCGCGCCGCCCCGCCGCGCCCCCGCCCCCGCCGCCGCCCCGCCGCGCCGCGCCGCCCCGGGCCCAGCCCGAUGCCCGGCGGCGGGCGGAGGUGAAGGAGCGAGCGGGCGCUGGAUCCUCCCGGCCGCGGCCCCCGGGGCCCCGGGCAGGGAACAAAGGGCCAUGGCCGAGGGGGCUCCCGCUCAGGCGCCGGAGCCAGUGCUGCCGCCGCGCUGCCCCUCACCCCUGCGGCCACUGGCCGGCCCCGAGCGCACCUCGGAGCGGGAGACGCAGACGGCUGAGUUGUCCUUGACGGUGGUGGCGGCCGUGCAGGCGGUGGAGAGGAAGGUGGACUCCCACUCCACCCGCCUGCUGGACCUGGAAGGUCGGACGGGGAUGGCGGAGAAGAAGCUGAUCGAUUGCGAGAAGACGGCAGUGGAGCUGGGGAACCAGCUGGAGAGCAAGUGCGCGGCACUGGGCACCCUCAUCCAGGAGUACGGGCUGCUCCAGCGGCGCCUGGAGAACAUGGAGAACCUCCUCAAGAACAGGAACUUCUGGAUCCUGCGGCUGCCCCCUGGCAGGAAGGGGGAAGUCCCCAAGGUGCCGGUGACGUUUGACGAUGUGUCCGUCUAUUUCAACAACAAGGAAUGGGAGAAGCUGGAGGAGUGGCAGAAGGAGCUGUACAAGAACGUGAUGAAGGGGAACUAUGAGUCACUGAUCUCCCUGGACUAUGCAAUUUCCAAACCUGGUGUUUUGUCUCAGAUUGAGCAAGGAGAGGAAUCGCGGGUCAGGAACGAGCAGGACUUGGAGGAGAGUGAGAUCAUUACCGAUGCCACCGCAGCUGGUAUAAGGGUAGUGAUCAAAACGGAGGAGCUCCUUCCUGAGGACAGCCCUGAGAACCCGGAGCUGCAUGGGAUGUCAGGGCAGUCGGAGGGGAGCUUCCAGAGUCCGGACGAGGAGGCAGCCUGCGAGAGCCCCUAUGGCUCCGUCUCCCCGCCGAGGGACCUCCCAGGGACCAGCCUGGGUGACUCGUCUGAGUAUGUAGCUGACUUCAAUGAGAUCCAGAGAGUCAUCGUUCACCACGGGAGCUGCACAGGUGUGUAAAAGACUGCCUCGUCCCACCCGGUGACCCUAAUGCUGUUCCGGUUUUCCCCCUCAGAGGAUGGGAUCGUGAUCAAGACAGAGGAGGAGGAGGAGGACGACGACCCUGACACCCUGGAGCCGUGCACCAUG